GACUGGCAAACAUCAUGUGGCCAAAGCUCAGGGAACGCCUUCAAGCGGCGAUGACUCGCACUCUGGUUGGGAAACCCUUGCGCACUUUGCUGUUGCAGGAGUUGCAAUGUUCUAGUAACUAGUGGAAACUCUGGUGACAGUUUGAUAAGAAUGAGGACGGGCUGAUUAGAGCCCUUCCCACUCUCCCGUCCACGCAACACUUUCUCUUCUCUCUCCCUUCCCUCUCCUUCCCCGAGCGGGCCGGGCGGGAUGGUGGUGCUGGUGUCCGGCGCUCUGCUGGCAGCCGCGAUCCUCACUCUCCUGGCUCUCAUCGCUUUCCACUUGCUCGGUAAUUAUGUCCGAACGUGGUACAAGCUGAAGCGCAUCCCCGGGCUCAGCCCGACAUUGCCGAUAUUGGGCAACGCAUUGCUCUUCAAACCCAGCGGCGAAGACUUCUUUCUUCAGUUGAUUGAAUUUACGUCCCAAUUCAGAGAUAAACCAUUAAUGAAAAUAUGGUUGGGAACAUUACCAUUUGUCGUGUUGUUUCAUGCAGAGACGGCGGAGGUGGUACUCAGCAGUUCUAAGCAUCUUGAUAAAUCCUAUGCCUACAAAUUUCUUCAUCCAUGGCUUGGUACUGGAUUGCUAACAAGUACAGGAAAUAAAUGGCGUGCUAGGAGAAAAUUAAUAACUCCAGCAUUUCACUUCACAAUUCUGACGGAAUAUCUUGAGGUUAUGAUUGAACAGACCGAUAUAUUACUGGGAAAACUGGAGAAACAAGUGGGAAAGGGACCUUUUAACUGCUUCAAUGAUAUCACACUCUGUGCUUUGGACAUAAUCUUCGAAACUGCCAUGGAUAAGAAGAUCUUUGCCCAGAGCAACAGUGACUCAGAAUAUAUUCAGGCAGUUUACAAGAUGAGUGACUUGGUACACCGCAGACAGAAAAUGCCCUGGUUUUGGCCUGACCUUGUUUACAACAUGUUUGGAGAGGGAAAGGAACAUGAAAAAGCACUCAAGAUCCUACACUCCUUCACAGAAAAGGUAGUUGCUGAGAGGAUUCAUAAAAUCGAGAAUAAUGAAGAUGUCAAGCAAUCCAGUUCUGAAUCGGACUCCAAUUCACGGAACAAGAAGUACAAUACCUUUCUUGAUGUGCUGCUGAAUGCGACUUACGAAGAUGGAAAAAAUCUGAGUGAGGGGGACAUUAAUGAAGAAGUGAAUACGUUCCUAUUUGAGGGACAUGAUACAACAGCUGCUGCAAUAAACUGGGCUCUUCAUCUCUUGGGGUCCCAUCCAGAUGUCCUCAAAAAAGCUCAGGAAGAGCUGGAUGAUGUUUUUGGUAGUACUGAUCGUCCUCCUACGAUGGAAGAUCUGAAGAAACUGCAGUAUCUUCAGUGUGUUAUUAAGGAAUCUCUACGAUUAUUCCCCUCUGUUCCAAUUUUUGGCCGCACUUUGCUGGAGGAUUGCUAUAUUGGAGGGUUUAAGAUACCCAAAGGAGUCAAUGCAAUGAUAAUUCCUUAUGCACUGCACAGAGAUCCGAGAUAUUUUCCUGACCCUGAGGAGUUUAGGCCUGAGCGAUUUAUGCCAGAGAAUUCAGAUAAAAAGAAUGCAUAUGCAUAUAUUCCAUUUUCAGGUGGACCUCGAAACUGCAUAGGACAAAAAUUUGCACUGCUUGAAGAGAAAGUAUUGUUAUCGUCUAUUCUUCGCCGAUUCCAAGUAGAAGCAAAGCAAAGUUGCGACGAUCUCCAUCUUGUGGGAGAAUUAAUUCUGCGUCCCAGGGAUGGUAUCUGGAUAGAACUUCACCACAGAACAAAUUAAAUAUUGUCAGUAAAUGCACACCUAGCUAUAGCAAUGCUGAUUAAACUGCUGCAGGGAAAUAUGUGUCAUUUUACUCUGACUAGUUUUAUAAAUUUAAAAAAUUCUCUAGCGACUAAAUAUUUGUUUGCCUUGAUUUUAAAUUUUUUACCAGUACAUUGCACUGAUGAGCAUUAUAAAGUUAAUAACACAUUUACAUUGUUGCAAAACCUGAGAGUUGGAAGUCACUGAUGUGUAAUUUCUAUAUGAAUGCUUUCUGCAAUCUUCAUAUUAAAGAAUGACAUUGUUAUUAAUAUUUUAAUAUUUUAAUGAACAUUGGAUUACAAAUUGCAGAGCAUAACCACUGCAGGGAAAACUAAUCAUGUCAGGAAUUAUAUCAGGAGUUCAGUGAUUUUUGUAUAUUCUUAUUAUAAAUAAAUGUUCCUUUUGAAAUUG